GGAAUGGCCUCGCCUGCCCCGGCUGGCGCCGGGGGGACCUGCCCGUUGCCUCAUCUGACCAGGGGUUUCUCAUCCCUCUGCUCACGCUUGUUGGUCAAAGCAUCCCUUAAGAGAAGGCGAGAGGCGGGUGGCCCCAUUCCAGCCUUGGUGGCUUGUUCCCACCGUGGGUUUUCUCUUCCCUGGCAUGCGGGCAGCCCUGGUCUGGCACGGCACUUCCCACCGCACGUGGCCCUGCUGGAUCCAUGCCAUCCCGGCGUGCCCGGCUCCAUCCCAACCAGCUUUGGACUUCCCAGGGAUGAUGUAACCCCAGCCACGGUUGCUUCAGGAAGGACUGGACCCAGGGCACGUGCCACACCGGCUGCACGGAGGAGCCGCUGCCACAAGCUGGGCUGUGGUGUCAUCAGCCAGUUUGGUAGGACAAGGUCCAACGCUGAUCCGCUCCCUCCUCCCUGUAUGCGCCGGUAUGAGAGGGGCUGACCGGCUGCUGCUUCCCCGCUCCGCUUCUGCUUCGGAGGGGUUUUAGGGCAUGGGCCGAGUGCCCGGCUCAGCCCCAUGCCGUAACGCACUGCCGCGUGGUGAAGGACAGAGAAGGCAGCCGAGGAUGCAGGGAUGGACAAGCUGCACGCGAUGCUGCCCACAGUGCUCACCUGCCUGCACAUCAUCCUCUCUCCAUCACCCCCUGCCACCUGCUCUGCCACCUCCCAGGUCAUCAGACGUUGCCCACGGCCGCUUGCCCCUCACUGAUGGAGCGGGGGAGGCGAGGGGGAUCCCCCCAGCCAUGGGCUGGCACAGUGAUCUGUGGGGAGAACGGGAAGUGGAAGGGAAAUCUUUGUGCCUGAGGAAAAAGUAUUACAUAUUUUUCACCUCCACAGCUACAAACCAGCUUGUAAAUCACCUGACCCCAGCACCGUCAGAGCUCCUGUCCAACAUCCUGGGCAGAGAGGAGAAAUUCCUACUGGGUGUUUACUCUGCACUCCCAGCAGCCUGGGACAGGGAGGGGGGACAGAGGGCGGGCAAAGUUCGGCUCCUAUAAAAUCGGGUCUGGUCCACUUCAUUCAUUCCCUUGGAAGCAUCGCUGGGAGCUGCGCGUCCAGCCUUUGCGCAAGAGGUUUUGUAGAUAAAUUCCCCUGGCGCUGCCGGCUGCCUGCGCGAUGCCGAGGGCACUGUGGGAUGUCGGGGCUGCCCUCACCUGCUUCCAGCUGCUGCUGCUGCUCACCAGUGUGGAGCUGAGGCCCCACGCGUGGGAUGAGGACAGACUCCAGCUGGAAGCCAUCAAAAAGCAGAUCCUGGAGCGGCUGGGGAUGGCCGCUCCCCCCGUGAUCCGGCACCGGCUGGACCAGGAGAGCAUCCAGAGAGCGCAGCGGCUGUACCAGCAGAAAGUGUCUGAGCUGAUGGGGAACCGGAGCCAGGAGGAGGAGGGAGCUGUGCCUGGGACCAGCCGCCUGCAUCGCCUGACCCCCAAGCUGCUGCGCUGGCUGGACAUCCCCUGGGAACACCAGGACCCCCCGGGAGACCAGGACCCCCGUGGUCCCUACCGCUACCAUCUCCUCCUCUCCCGCACGGAGGCUUUCCACCGGCAGCUCCAGGUGGUGCAGGCGGAGCUGAAACUCUUCAAGCCAUCCCUGUCCUCCCGUGACAUGUCCCUACUUGAUGCCUCGGUGUCCCCUCAGGUCAACAUCUACACACUGGGGGGGGCUCACGGGACCCCCCAGCUCCUGCACAGCCAAGAGCUGGACCGUGACACCCUGAGCCUGGACCUCACGGCAGCUGUCCGGCCCUGGGCUGCUGGUCCUGAGGACACCCUGCACCAGCUGGCCUUCACAGCCAAUGUCUCAGCCUUGCUGGCCACCAUGGGGGGCGAGACGCUGGUGCUGGAGGUGGAGACCCAUGAGACCAGAGGUCGGGGGGCCCGGAGAGCUCGGGGGCUGGAGGAAGAGUGCAGGAAGAGCGAUGGGAAGUGUUGCCUCAAGUCACUCAAGGUCUCCUUCCAGGACAUCGGCUGGUCGGACUGGGUCAUUGCCCCCAACAGCUACUACAUGAGGUUCUGUGAAGGUUCCUGUCCCCACAACUACAAGCCCGCCAGCAUGCACGCCCAGAUCAAAGGCCGCAUGCACUCCCUCUCCAAAGCCACCCCACCGCCCUGCUGUGUCCCUGCCGGCUACGACCCCAUGGUGCUGAUGCACUACGACGGCGAGGGCAGGCUGGUCUCGACCCUCUUUGAGGACAUGCUGGUCACCAGGUGCCACUGUGCCUGACGGCAUCGCCUCUGGCUCAGCCCAGGACCCGUCACCAGCCGGAUGGGGCAGAGCCUGCCCAUCUCCCAGCAGAUCUGGCAUCCCAAAACCCAGACCCUGUGGCACAAAAUGCCUCUGUGCUGGCCCCGGCUCCGCUGUCUGGCUCAACCUCAGGGUGUCUGGCAGUGAACCCCCCUCCACAGGCCACAGUAACUUAUUUCCCCCUCUCUUCCUUUAUUUAAAACCAUAUUUUUAUUUGGUUGGUGGCUCCUUCCCACCAGGCAGAGUCCCAAAUGGGUGGGGGUGGGUGUCCGCGGGUGGCUGGCAGCCC